AUAAAUAAAUUUGUAGAACUUAUAUUGAAAACACUUCUAUUAUAUAAAAUUAAUUUCUGUAUUGGCUUUUGUGGAAGUUGAAACUUGAGUGGAACACGUUUUGCCACAUUCACCUAUUUCCUUAUAGAGACCUCUGUUCUUAAAACCAGACUGAAAUACUUUACCAGCAUGAGGAUAUGCUAAGUUAUGAUAUGAUAUGGCCACCCUUCCUGCUUUUUCACUUCACGGCUCAUCAUUUCCCAUUACGAUCACAACUGUAAGAAACUACAUUCCCAGACAAGCUAUCAAAACUUCUUCAAUCCACUUCAAAACAACCCAUUCCAUAAUUAAUGCAAAUUAUGUAGUUAGGACAAAAUGGACUCUGUGGAGAAAACACAGAAGAAGAGUAAGGAGCGUUAGCGGUAACGUAUGCAAAGCUCAGAUGGAAGAUAAUAAGCUCUCUGAGGUGGAUAUGAGAAACAAGAAGGCACUACAAGCAGCUUUGUGGACGAUGGAAGGAGUUUACAUAUGUUGGUUGUUCCUCCUGCCUUAUGCUCCGGGUGAUCCAGUGUGGGCAAUCAAACCAGAAACAAUCAAAACUCUAUUGGAUCUUUCGCUCAACUUCUUUUUUGUUGAUCCGUUGGCCAACUUAGCAGGCAUUCAUUUAUUGGAGGCUCCUGUGGUUCAUCCCACUGUUGAGGCUUUAUUCAAUUUUGUCAUUGGUUGGACGUUGAUGUUUGCUCCACUGCUUUUUACCGAUCGCAAGAGGGAUAGAUAUGGAGGAUCUCUUGAGGCUCUAUGGGUUGUUCAGAUGUUCCUGACAAACACUUUGUUACUACCCUACAUGGCAAUCCGUCUCAGUGAAAGAAGCAGCAAUUCUUUAUCAAAUUCAGAGAAGACCAAGUCUGGUUUCCAAUCAGUAAUGAUAUCAGGUGCUCGCAUCAUAGGAAUUGUAGGUGGCUUGGUGGGAGUCAUUUCUAUACUUUGGGCGCUGUUUGGUAGAGCCAAUGAUGGAUUUGGCAGCUUGGCAGACCGUUGGGAUUUCUUUCUGAAUUAUCUUGGGACUGAUCGUCCAGGUUAUGCCUUCAUUUGGGAUAUUUGUCUCUAUAGUAUAUUUCAACCCUGGCUAAUAGGUGACAAUCUUGAAAACUUGGAUGAAAGUAAAGCUGAAACUGUUCGCUAUCUCAGAUUUAUUCCAUAUCUGGGUUUAGUCGCAUAUCUUUGGGCUUUGCCUAAGAAUGAGGAUCAAUGAGUAACCAAUUAUCUAUAUUCAAGUUCAGUAGUCUUCUAGGUUUUUUUCAUGUUUAAGAGAACUUUGUACUAGUGCAUAUAAGUAAAAGCCUAAAGGUUAUGUUUUACAACAUAAUGUUUUCUUUUGGCUGUUUACUUUUGGUAAGGAUGAUAUGUCCGAGAUUUGAAGUUCCUUCCCCUGCAGUUUCUAGCAAAUAAAAUUGCUAUUUCAAUUGUGAUGAAAGUUUUUACAGAUUUUCA